AUGCUAUCGCUGGUCAAUCAUGAUAAUAUUGUAAAGUUAAUAGGUACUACAAAAGAUGAGAAUGAAAGAAUGGCCAUUGUAAUGGAAUACGCAGAGUGUGGCUCUCUUUAUGACCUACUGCACAACGAGGAAAAUAAGGACAUCAUCUUACCACAUUCACUACGUAUUAGCUGGAUGCUGCAAUGUGCGGAGGGUCUCAACUUUCUGCAUGAUCAAAACGUUAUUCAUCGGAAUAUAACUACAAGGAAUCUGCUUCUUUUUAACAAUUAUCAAACCCUAAAGAUUUCACUAUCUGAAACAGUGAGGACAGAGGGUACAUUAAUGACAGAAAUUGUUGGAAAUUUUAGAUAUAUGGCUCCAGAAAUUAUGAGAGGGAUGCAAUACACCAAAAAAUGCGAUAUCUAUAGCUUCGGGAUAAUGCUGUGGGAGGUGAUGUCACGAAAGAAACCGUUCUGCGAUGUGAUAACCGGAAUUCAAUUGGCUGCGAAUGUGCUUAGAGGCCAUCGUCCAAAUAGACAUGAUGUCGUCAACAUUAAAAAUUCGAAUGAGAUAAAAAUGUUGAUUACAAACUGCUGGGAUGCGGAUCCACAGCAACGACCUUCUAUGGAGAAAGUAGUCGCAAUUAUGCAAAAUAAUUCUUCUUAUUUAGAGAACGGCAACAAAACUUGGAAUAUGGCGAAAAACUGCACGAUUACUUAA